UUUCGACUGCUCAGACGAAGUAGACGACGACUGUGAUCUUGGUCCCAUCCCCGGUCGACGGCCAUUGCCAAGCCACGGCAACACGUCGUCACUGUCAUCGAUGACCUCGUCGACGGCCAGUGGCAGUACAAGUUGUGCUUCAGUUGGCCGGACCACCAGUACCGUGUCCACAAGCUCCUCCGUAGUGACACGUCAGCACUCGACCAAGGCUGACGGUAGGGCUGCUGCCAAAUCCUCUGCUUCUACUAGUACUACUACUACUACUACCACUACUGCUACUACCACUGCUACUAAUUCUGCUACCACUUCAGCAACAGCAGCGCAAGGCAGAAAAGCGAUUGAUAAUGAAAUUGGUGCAUUUUAUAAUGCGUUUUGUGU